AGCAGAACAAGGAAAGGGAGCCAUUUUCUUUCUCUUUCCACACAAUUCCAAAUCUUUCUGGUAGAUCCUUGGCCGUGUAGACUGACCAGAGUCCGCGGCCUCAACCCACUGAUAUAUUUCUAAGUAUUUAAGUGUCACUGAGUCUCACAAUAUGAGCGGAGGAGGAAAGGAAGUCCACGAGCUAUUGACUGAGCCCAUUACCUGCCACUGCUGGAAUGGAGAUAGAACAAAGUUUGCCAUUUCCCCUAACAAUAACGAGGUUCAUAUUUACACCAAGUCGGGAGGAAAGUGGGAACUUGAGCACAAACUGAUGGAGCACACCUCACGUGUGACCGGAAUGGACUGGGCGCCAAAAGGAGGGAGUCUCGUUACUUGUGCCGCCGAUCGUAACGCCUAUGUGUGGAAGUAUGACGGUAAGGCCUGGAGUCCUGUCCUUGUUAUAUUGCGUAUCAAUCGUGCUGCCACCAUUGUCAAGUGGUCGCCGCUGGAGAACAAGUUUGCUGUUGGUAGUGGAGCAAGGAUAAUAUCCGUCUGUUACUUUGAUGAACAGAACGAUUGGUGGGUGAGUAAACACAUCAAGAAGCCGAUUCGCUCCACAGUCACUUCACUCGACUGGCAUCCAAACAAUUACCUCAUUGCUGCCAGCUGCAGUGAUUUCAAGGCUCGAGUUUUCUCAGGUUACGUGAAAGAGAUUGAGGAGAAGCCAAGCGAGACUGUCUGGGGAAAGAAGAUGCCCUUUGGGAAUGUCAUGGCUGAAUUCUCUAAUGGAGGAGGUGGUUGGGUUCAUGAUGUGUCUUUCUCUCCCUCUGGUGACAAGCUUGCUUGGGUCGGCCAUGAUUCCAGUAUCUCUGUUGUCAACAUGGCAGCUGGUGCAGACUGCGUUGCUACGGUGAGGCACACUUACCUCCCGUACAUUUCCUGCCAGUUCCUCACUGAGAGCAGUAUUGUUGCAGCUGGCUUUGAUUGCUAUCCUGUCCUCUGGUCCCACGACGACAACAAUCAACUCACAUUUGUGAAUCGUUUGGACCAGGCGGAAAAGAAAGCUUCUGGACAACUUUCUGCUAUGGAGAAGUUCAAGGGUAUGGACAAGAGGGCAACUACUACUGGCUCUUCUGAUACGACUCUGGACUCCACCCAUCAAAAUGCCAUUACUCAGAUAUCAAUUUUUGCUAAGGAUGGAACUGGUGCCUCCAAAUUCUGUACUACUGGAGUUGAUGGUCGUCUUGUUAUAUGGAACUGCAAGUCUUUGGAGUCUGCCAUUGCUGGACUUAAAUUUUAGACUGAUUGAGGAUCAAAAUUUUGUCCUUAAGACUCUUAUUGACAUUAGUAGCUAUAGUGUGUGUAGCUAGCUGAGUUUAGUUUGAACUUUUAACUUCAUAGGCUUCUUUUUCACAAUAAUACUUGAUUUAUCAAAA